ACCAAGUUCAUGAUUGUUCGUCGCCGUGGUCGAUCCCACAACUGUACUGCGAGGCCCACGUUGUCUUGUUGCUUUUCGAUCGUCAACAAACUCGGACGAGUCGCGCAGUGGUCUCGCUCGCGUAUCGCCAAGGAUACGUACACCGGUAACUUUUACCACGACGUUCGAAAUAUUGACGGUUCUUCGCAUCAGAUGGACGAGAAAACUCGGCAACGCGUAACUUCGUCGGAUUGUUGAGAACGCAUUAAUAAUACACUUGUCGCGCACAGCAGCCUUCGUUGCGGUUCCUAACCUCGCGCCGGCUUUCUACUUAUCCUCGGUAACGAAGUACACGUGCACGAUUGGUAGGGACAUCGUAAGCAGAAGAGAGCGCUCACCAGGAGUCGGAGUGCGAUAACAGAGAAUGAGCCCACUCAACAGAGGUCCGCUUAUAGGGGGUCGAAUACCACCGGCCGGAAUGCGUCCUUUACCGCCGCCCAGGUUCGGCGGUAUGCCGCCGAGGAUGCCGCUGCCGAUGAGCCCGGUGUUCAGCAACCCUGGCCCGCUGAGACAAAGACUGUUGCCAAUGUUGCCACCGCGACCGGCCGGUUUGUCACGUCCCAACGGCCUGUUACCCAACGGUCUCUUCCCAGGACCCAGGGUACGCGGUAUGGUACCUGGUAUCGCGCCGCCGAUGUUACCACGUGGCCUCGGGCCGCGUAAUCCGAUGCGACAUUGGUACAGGAGGAUACCUCCGCCGCCGUUGCCGCCACAGAUGAUACCACCUAGAUUCGUGGGUAACGGUAGUGCCAAGAGCAAAGCGUUGAACAACACGAAGAAAGUCAACAAACUCGAGGUAUUAGAAUUAAAGAAGCCAUGGAUGACGGAUGAAAUUCGUACUGAGAUACAAAAGAAAAAUAAACUGUAUGCUAAAGCAAAAAAGAACAAAGAUGCGGUAGAAUGGGAGGAAUUUAAGGAUCUACGAAACAAAGUAACCAGGAUGAUAAGAGAUGCGAAAAAUGAAUAUCUCACCAAGCAUCCUGAACAGCUUCAUUGAUUGAAAAUCACAUAUGCAGUUGUAAAGAAACUUGGACAAAAUCAAAGGAAAGGACGAUGGUAUCAGACAAAUGAAAAUUGUUUUCCGCAGAUCACGAAAUUAAGAAGAAUUCCAUGUGCUCCGUCUCGUGCGACACGUUGAACCUAAAAUCGAUGUUAGAAAACAAUCAGAAAUCCACGAGCAGAGUCAUCGACAUGAGAGAUGACACAACGAAUAAAAAUAUCGUCAAGAGCUAUCCGAGAAAAAGUAAGGUGUAUCCGUUUGGCUCCAAACUGAGCAGCAUCCGAAAGGAGAUGAAAGAAUUUUGCGACAGUAUGGGUAGAUUUGUUGACGAAAACAAGAUAGUGUUCAAAAACGGCGAGGUGGAAGGAUUCUGGAAAUCAGAAAGCGACAGACGGGGAUUCGCAAACCGACCGGUCGAUGAGCGCGAAACUCGAGAAACCGAGGCUCCGUGAGGUUCCGCGAGCGAGAAAGAUCGUUUACGAUGAUGAAGCACCAAGGAAAGAAACCUGAAGGUUCAAGAGAUCAUAAAGAAAUGGGAGAACGAAGCUCAACGGGAGUCGAGAAUAUUGGAACGAAUGAAAAUUUUUAUCGUCCAUCAGCAGACGAGGAGCGGAGAAAUUGGACGUGUGAAGUUAGCACCCCAACAUUAGUUUUCGAUAGUUCUGUUAGUUUCUGAUUAGAGUUCCAGCUUUCUUUCGAAGAGUAUAGAGGAAUAUAGGAAUACUCUUAUAUUAACACUUAAAAAAAAAACGAAAAACGGGGUGCUAAAUUCACACCUAACAUCAAGAUCGGAUAGUUCUGAAUAGCUCAUUUGAUGUAUUUCGAAAAGUUCUAGAGUUUCUGAUGCAAAAGAAAAUUUUUCGAUUUCUUUCAAAAAUUAAAAAAAAAUUCGAAAAAAUAUGAUAUCGAGCCCGAAUAGUUCUGAAUAGCGCAUUUGAUUCCUCUCGACGAGUUCUAAAGUUCCUGAUAGGUAAAAAAUAUCAAAUAUUUAUAAUUGUUUAAAAAAAUCGACAUCGAAAGUUACCAGAGGCAGACAUUUGAGGUCGAAUAACUUCUUAAAUAUUGGUCGGAUCGCUUUGAACCAUAUUAAUUUCUUGUAGAACUCGUCGAGUACUGUUAAAAACUACCACCAGAACUCUUACGUAUCAAAAUAUUUCGAUACGAACUUGGAAAUAUUUCAUAAAUGCUGACGAUUAAAUUCGAGUAACUUCAUAAAUAUUGGUCGAAUCGCCUUGAACCAUAAUAAUUUCUUGCAGAACUCCUCGGCUAUCAGCGAAAUACGCAGCCGGAACUCCUACAACUCUUAAAAAAAGAUUUCGAUGUGGACUUAAAAAUAUUUCAAGUGUCGCACACAUCAGACAGAAUAACUUCUUAAUUAAUGUUUGGAUCGCUUCGGACUAUAAUUAUUUCUUGUAGAACUCGUCGAGAACUAUCUAAAACUGCCGCCAGAACUUCUGGAACUCUUACGUAUCAAAAUAUUUCGAUACGGACUUAGAGAUAUUUCAUAAAUGCUGACAUUUCAAUUCGAAUAAUUUCUUAAAUAUUGGUCGGAUCGCAUUGAACCAUAAUAAUUUGUUGUCGAGCUCGUGGAGAACUAUCUAAAAUUGCCGCCAGAACUCCUUAUACUCUUAAAUGUAAGCAGAUUGUAUAAACAUGCCGUUUUCAAUAAAUCUACCUUGUCAGAAAAUUUUCUAAUGUCUUCCAAGCAUUCUGAAGGUUGUUUUGGAUGAAACUUUAAGAAUUGCAACUGUUUCGCUUUGAGUUUUGAAUUGCAUGUGGGUUGUAUAAGAAAUCAUUCUCGGAAGCGAUCUAAUUUACCUUAUUUACCUUUAUAUAGCUUAUAUAAAAACUAAUGAUAUAUAAAAAAAUCUAUCGGCCGACUGAUAUUCAAAGUCGAAUAACAUCAUAAACAUAAUUUGGGGCUCAGGAUCUAAACUGAGGAAAAGAGUAGGAUGUUAUGAUGUCGUCAGAUCUAAAUAACCGUAGGAGCAGCACCAUCCACUAUUCUUUACUACUACUUUAUUACUACUACCAUAACAGGGAAUUAGCUUUGGGAUUUUAAGAAGGCACACCAUAUUACAUCAGGUAAAAUAACAGCGUUUAAAACACGGUCUUCUUGCGCAUCUGAUCUGGCCAUACGUCAAACUGCAGGAGAAUUUGUAUAAGAACAGCAAAACCAUUUGUCAAUGUAUUAUGCUUGAAUUCUCGCUGCUUUUUGCUACAAAGGCUCAUGUUUAUUUCAAAAGAACGGUACAUUAUAUCUUAUUCAAAGUAUUGUCCUUCGGAAGCUGCAACCCUCUCCCACUUUUCGGGUAACACAUGGAUUCCGCGGUAGAAAAAUUCAGAUUCUUUCAAGGUGUUCCAGUCAUCCAGCCUUUUCCGAUAUCUUUGAAAGAAUUGAAGUGCUGCUCAGAAAGGCCAUGCUGCAUCGACCGAAACAAGUGGUAAUCUGACGGAGCAACGUCUGGUGAAUAGUGGGGUAAGGCAUCCCAUCCAAAUGCCUCCAAGAUUUCUUUCACUGGUGUUGCCAUGUCAACACGUGGUCUAGCGUUGUCAUGGGAGACAAUAAUUUUGUCAUGUCUUUUGACGUAUUGCGGGCGUUUAUCUUGGAGUGCUCGAUUCAAAUUGAGUAAUUGUCCUCGGUAGCGUUCAGCAUUGAUGGUUUGACUCGGUUGCAGCAGCUCAUAAUAC